AUGGGUCAAAAUUGUCUUUUUUUUAUAUUUUCCCCCCCAAAAAAAGUUCGGGAAUUCCUGGCGAGCGGAAUCAGCCCCGAUCUCUGCAACGAGGACGGACUCACGGCGCUGCACCAGUGCUGCAUCGAUGACUUCGGUGACGUGGUGACGAUCUUGUUGGACGGCGGCGCCGACGUCAACGCCCGGGACAGCGAGCUCUGGACCCCCCUUCACGCCGCCGCCACCUGUGGCCACCUCCUCCUGGUCCAACUCCUCAUCCAACGCGGGGCCGACCUCCUGGCCGUCAACUCGGAUGGGAACAUGCCCUACGACCUGUGCGAGGACGAGGUGACCUUGGAUUGCAUCGAGACGGCCAUGGCGGAGCAAGGUAUCACCCAGGAGAAGAUCGAGGAGGCUCGCGCUGCCACCGAGCGGGAGAUGGUGCAGGAGAUCCAUCAGCUCAUCCAGGAUGGAGCCGAUCUGGACGCCCAGCGAGGACACGGAGCCACCUUGCUUCACAUCGCGGCAGCCAAUGGUUACACCGAGGCGGCCGAGCUUCUGCUGGAGCACCGGGCCAGCACCCACGUUGGGGACGAGGACGGGUGGCAGCCCCUCCACGCCGCUGCCUGUUGGGGACAGGUGCCGCUGGUGGAGCUGCUGGUGGCUCACGGCGCCGACCUCGACGGGAGAUCGGUGCUGGAUGAGACCCCCCUGGACGUGUGUGGUGACGAGGAGGUGCGGGCCAAGCUGCUGGACCUCAAACACAAACACGCCGCCCUCCAGAAGUCCCAGGAGAAGCACCAUUCCCUCCUCCAGCGCCGCACCUCCAGUGCCGGCAGCCGCGGGAAGGUGGGACGUCGCGCCAGCCUCUCGGAGCGCACCAACCUCUACCGCAAGGAGCUCCAGAGAGAAGCCAUCGUCUGGCAACGAGGGGACAACCAGGAGGAGGACACCGUGAGUCACCUCCCCCCGCCUUGGUGACACUUCUGUCACCUCCCCCUCCCAAAAAAACCCCAAAACCCCCCCAAAAAACCCCAAAACCCCUCCGUUCUCC